AUGCCUCACGAGACGAUCCAACAGAAGGCCGAGCGCCAACAGCGCCUCUCACACGCCAUGGGCGUCAUGUUCCUUCAGGACAAGGUCGACAAACUCGAGCAAGACGUCAGCAAGAUCACCUAUCCACGUGGUGUGCAAAAGACGAGAAGCGCUCCCAACCACGAUCUCACUUCAUCGCAUCCACGUCAUGAUGCUGCCGCACAAGUGCGUGCCCAACCACGAGCCGUCACCGGUCCUGGUUUGUCGCCCGACACGGUGUCAGCAACCAAUUCUUUCACGAACAACGACGCCGCAAAGGUGGCCACCUCCAUCCGGCUCGUCGAUGCCAGCGUGCUCAUUUUCUCGCUCAGGAGCGUGCACAACUGGAGCCGCGACCAGUCGAUGUGUGUCGUGAUCCCGCUCGAGGCGAUCAACACGCUCGACUUGCUCAAGAAGGGCGACGAACCCAUCAACCUCGCUGCGAGAAAGGCCACUCGUUGGCUCGAAGACAAGAUCGCCAUCUCCACACAAGAUGGAGAUCUCAUGCUCACCCAGCCUGCUCCCGGGAUUUUUGCGCAGAAGGAGCAUUUCCGUGCUGCCUCGAUUCGCAUCGCAGACGCGAGACUAGCCAGGCAGCAGCAAGCGCAAUCCGACGCUAGCGGCGCAGCAUCCGCAGAUGAGGUGCAAGUCAAAGACGCCUUCAAUGCAGCGGAGGCCCCGCGCUAUCUGCGCGAGCUCCUCAGCGUCUGCCUGUAUUGCCAGGCAAAGGCGUCUUCAGCCUCCAACUUUGCAGUCGCCAUUGCGUACCCGCCAGAUCAUCUCCAAGAAAAGAUGGUAGAGGCGCAAGCAGCGAGCAAUGACAAGCCCACCUACCUGAACCGUACCGAUGGGCGCGCUACCGAAGCCUGGCUAGAUGCCUACGGCAUCCCAUUCCAAGUGGUCGCCACUUCCAAGACGUGGACGGGCGAAAAGCUGUCGUCUCGCUUCCGUAACGAAAGUUCGGGUGAUCAGCACAGCCUCGGGUCAUCCGACGAUCUGCGCGCACUCGGACAGGCUCAGAAGGGACAGCAAAGGAGGAGUGGCUCGCCGACUCCUUCGGCCUCUUCUUCUGGAUCGUUCAAGUCGGAGCUGAGCGGACUGUCGAUGCUCAGCUCUCACCGCAGUCCACGACACGGGCAAGAAUCGCGGUUCGGUAGCAACACAUUUGCGCCGCCGCACAGAUCCAUCCGAUGCAUGUCAACAGCAGCAUCGAAUCCAGCUACAGAAGCCAAUGCGGCCUCGUCAGCGGCAUCGGAGGACGAGGAAGGACCUAUCAUUGCACGGCCGUCUUCGGCGGCAUCCUCACGCAGCUCGCUCUUCUCGUCACUCACCACUUCGACACACGACGAAUGGUCAAGUCAGACGUCCGCCUCGUUUUCUUCGAAUUGCGGUGCACGGGUCGUUCGUCGUGGUGCAUCGCCUUCGCCUACGCCGACGGGGUCGGGUGCGGUGGAGAACGAUGCCUCGCCGAGGUUGACGAGUAGGACGUUGCACAAGACGAGGUCGGGGGCGGAGAAGAUGGAGGAGUAUCUGCGUAGGUUGGAGGCGGGUGCGGGUGCGGGGACGGCUACUCCGACGCCUGGUGCCAAUCGUUAG